UCCUUCCCUCCUAUCAUGGCAGUGUACCGCCUGUGUGUGACCACCGGUCCCUACCUGAAGGCCGGCACCCUGGACAACAUCUCUGUGACGCUGGUGGGCACGUGUGGCGAAAGUCCUAAGCAGCGACUGGAUCGAAUGGGCAGGGACUUCACCCCCGGAUCGGUACAAAAGUACAAGGUGCGCUGCUCAGCAGAGCUGGGCGAGCUCCUGCUGCUGCGUCUACACAAGGAGCGCUACGCUUUCUUCUGCAAGGACUCCUGGUACUGCAGUCGCAUCUGUGUCACUGCCCCUGACGGUUCCAUUUACCACUUCCCCUGCUAUCAGUGGAUUGAGGGUUACUGCACCAUGGAGCUGCGACCCGGGACAGCAAGAACAAUUUGUCAGGACUCCCUUCCCCUCCUUCUGGAUCACAGGAAACGGGAACUCCAGGCCCGACAAGAAUGCUACCGCUGGAAGAUUUAUGCCCCCGGCUUCCCCCGCAUGGUGGACGUCAGCAGCUUUGAGGAGAUGGAGUCAGACAAGAAAUUUGCUUUGACCAAGACGAUACCUUGUGCAGACCAGGAUGACAGCAGUGGGAAUCGGUACCUGCCUGGCUUCCCCAUGAAAAUCGACAUCCCAUCCCUGCUGCACAUGGAGCCCAAUAUUCGCUACUCAGCCACCAAGACGGCCUCGCUGCUCUUCAAUGCCAUCCCCGCGUCCUUAGGCAUGAAGCUUCGAGGGCUGCUGGACCGCAAGGGCUCCUGGAAGAAGCUGGAUGACCUGCGGAACAUCUUCUGUUUCCACAAGACCUUCACUACAGAAUAUGUCAAGGAGCACUGGCAUGAGGAUCGCUUCUUUGGGUACCAGUAUCUGAAUGGUGUCAACCCUGUCAUGCUCCACUGCAUCUCCAGCUUACCCAGCAAGCUGCCCGUCACCAGUGACAUGGUAGCCCCUGUGCUGGGACCAGGCACCUGCCUGCAGACAGAACUAGAGAGGGGGAACAUCUUCUUAGCGGACUAUUGGAUCCUGGCGGAGGCCCCGGUCCAUUGCCUCAACGGCCACCAGCAGUACGUGACCGCCCCGCUGUGCUUGUUGUGGCUCAACCCCCAGGGGGCGCUAAUGCCCUUGGCCAUCCAGCUCAGCCAGACCCCUGGGCCAGACAGUCCCAUCUUCCUGCCCACUGACUCUGAUUGGGACUGGGUGCUGGCCAAGUCGUGGGUGCGCAACUCUGAGUUCCUGGUGCACGAGAACAACACACACUUUUUGUGCACUCACUUGCUGUGCGAAGCCUUCGCCAUGGCCACGCUGCGCCAGCUGCCACUCUGCCAUCCCAUCUACAAGCUCCUGCUUCCCCAUACUCGCUACACGCUGCAGGUGAACACCAUUGCGAGGGCCACACUGCUUAACCCUGAAGGCCUCGUGGACAAGGUCACGUCCAUCGGGAGGGAAGGCCUCAUCUACCUCAUGAGAACCGGUCUGGCCCACUUCACCUACACCAAUUUCUGCCUCCCGGACAGCCUGCGGGCCCGCGGUGUCCUAACCAUCCCCAACUACUACUACCGAGACGAUGGCCUGAAGAUCUGGGCGGCCAUUGAGAGCUUCGUCUCAGAAAUCGUGGGCUACUAUUACCCCAGUGAUGCGUCUGUGCAGCAGGAUUCGGAGCUGCAGGCCUGGGUCGGCGAGAUUUUUGCUCAGGCGUUCCUGAGCCGGGAGAGCUCAGGCUUCCCAAGCCAGCUGUGUACUCCGGGAGAGCUGGUGAAGUUCCUCACUGCAAUCAUCUUCAAUUGCUCCGCCCAGCACGCUGCUGUCAACAGUGGGCAGCAUGACUUUGGGUCCUGGAUGCCCAAUGCCCCGUCAUCCAUGAGGCAGCCCCCACCCCAGACUAAGGGGACCACCACCCUGAAGAGUUACCUAGACACCCUCCCGGAAGUGAACGUCACCUGUAACAACCUUCUCCUCUUCUGGUUGGUCAGCCAAGAGCCCAAAGACCAGAGGCCUCUGGGCACCUACCCUGAUGAGCACUUCACGGAGGAGGCCCCUCAGAGGAGCAUCGCUGCCUUCCAGAACCGCCUGGCCCAGAUCUCAAGGGACAUCCGGGAGCGGAACCGGGGCUUGGAGCUGCCCUACAUCUACCUGGACCCUCCCCUCAUUGAGAACAGCGUCUCCAUCUAACCCCUCCUCAAACCACCUCAUAAGAAAGGUCCAAGCACAAGGAGGGCCAGAUUCUCAGGGCCCUUUAGACCUUUCCAUCCUCCCUGUUCUUGGUCAGCUUGUACCUUCUCCUCUGCACACAGGCCUUUUCCAGCCAGGAUGACUCCAGCAUCACACGAACCAGGCCCUGAGCUGUGAGGGACCAGGCCACAGCGUCCAGGAUGAGAAGCCGCUGACUAAAGUCAAACGCACAACAGGCCCUUCCAAGAGGAAGGAGGCCUUCCAAUCCCUUUCUGUACUCUGGGCAGCCUUCUGCUCCAGCCUCUUAUGGGAAUCCUCUUCUUCCAUUGGGGUGCCCAUCUGCGGUCUCUGAGCUCACCUCCUUAGUCUUUCCCCGUCCUCUCCUAUCUCCUUCUCCCAUCAAGCCCUUUCCCCGCCCUUUCCUCCAAGCUGAUGACCAACCAGCCUGGCUUCCUUCUCUGGAAGAGCCCGGAAACCGACCACAGUAUGGCUGUGUGCCUGAAUGUGACAUGUGGUCCUUGCACCUUAAAGGGCAGGGGAAGAAUCAGAGGCCACCUCACCUGGACCUCUAGCUGCAGUUCUUGGGGACAGGCUCCCUGGCCUGGGCAGGUGUGUGAGGAUCUCUUUCUACUCUUACACU